GUUCGGUGCAAAACCAUAUCGUCACAGCUUAGUCAAGCAAGAGGAGGAACUAUGGGCUUUCUUCCUUUCUUUUCUUUAGAAACAUGGAUUCUACUAAUUGCAUUUAUUUGCAUAUUUAUCAUGUAUGGUCACUGGACCUUUGGGGUAUUUGAGAAGAUUGGGGUCCCUAGUCCCAAGCCAUGGAUGUACUGGGGCACAAUUGGAAGGUUCAACUCUGUUUACUACUUAGAUGACCAUGGGGGCGCUCAAAAGUAUGGAAGAGUGUGGGGCACCUAUGAGUUCAGGAGGCCUGUGCUGGUUGUGAUGGAUCCUGACAUGUUGAAAAUCAUCCUUGUUAAGGAGUGCUUCACCUACUUUACCAACCGGCGGAACUUGCGUCUGAACGGAGACCUCUAUGAUUCGGUGUCUAUUGCUGAAGAUGAUCAGUGGAGGCGGAUUCGUAACAUCCUGUCUCCCUCUUUUGCCUCUGGUCGUAUUAAAGAGAUGUUUAGCACCAUGAAGCACCACUCCCGCAGACUGACUGACAGCCUGAGGUCCAAGGCAGACAAUGCUGAAGUUAUUGCCAUAAAAGACUUCUUUGGACCGUACAGUAUAGAUGUGAUGGCGAGCACGGUAUUCAGUGUGGAUUUGGACUCAUUCAGCAACCCUUCAGGUCCCCUCAUCAACCACGCCGGCAAGAUGUUCAGAUUCUCCCCUCUACUUUUCAUUUUUCAAGCCUGUUUUCCCAUCUUUCUUCCUCUCUUGGAGCUACUGGGUGCCUCCUUCUUCCCUAAGUCUUCAACUGAUUUCUGUCGAGCAUUUCUGAAAAAGGUCCGAGAAGAUCGCGACAGGAAUUCACAUCAGGUUCCAAGAGAUAUGCUACAACAUAUGAUCAACCCUCAGACGGCCAAUAAGGAAAAGCAGAAUAAUGGUCUUACUGAUCAUGAGAUCAAUUCCCAACUGACAAUCUUUUUGCUUGCUGGUUACGAGACGAGUGCCACCACUCUCAACUUCUUGGCCUACAAUUUGGCAUUAAAACCAGAAAUCAUGACACGCCUGCAGGAGGAGAUAGACUCUACUUUCCCUGAUAAGGGUCCAGUCCAAUAUGAAGCUCUGAUGCAGAUGGAGUACCUAGACAGUGUCGUCAAUGAGUGUCUGAGGCUUUACCCCCCAGCAGCACGUUUGGAGCGAACCACAAAAGAAACUGUCCAGAUCAAAGGAAUCACAAUCCCCAAGGACAUGGGUGUUAUGGUUCCAGUCUAUGCUCUGCACCGUGACCCCGAGCUGUGGACGGACCCAGAGGAGUUCAAACCUGAGAGAUUUAGUAAAGAGAACAAGCAAAACAUCAACCCGUACACUUACCUCCCAUUCGGGGUCGGGCCAAGGAACUGUUUGGGGAUGCGACUUGCUCUGGUGUUGGUCAAACUGGCCUUGGUGGAAGUUUUACAGCGCUACAGCUUCUCGGUCUGCAAGGAGACAGAGAUACCUUUGCAGAUGGACCCUCAAGGCCUCCUAGGACCUCUACGACCAAUCAAACUAAAAGUGGUGACACGUUCCAACGCAUGAGGAAAUGUGAACCAUAAAGAAAUAGAACAUGAUUCGUAAGAUAAAUCGUAUCACGCACAUGUUAAUAACCAUCUAUUCAUAUAUAAUCCACAUUCACGUCAACAACAACAAGCAAUAUUUCACACUUAAAUAUCCAGGAUUGUUUUAGCUGUGAAGUUCCUUCAAUUAAAUCAGGACAAAACUGAGUUCAUGGUUUUUGGCGAUAAAGAUAAGAGGAUUGCUGAUAGUAAACACUCUCUCUAAAAACUAAAGACCAAGACCAAGACCGAAACCUUGGCGUGCUGAUAGACUCAGAUCUGACUUUCAGCAGUCACAUCAAAUCAAUCAUCAAAACAGCCUUCUAUCAGCUUAAUAACAUAUCCAGAGUGAAGGGUUUUAUGUCUCAAACAGACCAGGAGAAGUUGAUUCAUGCUUUCAUCUCCAGUAGACUCGACUACUGUCAUGGUCUUCUGACUGGACUCCCACAAAAAAAACAUUAAACAGCCUCUGAGAUCUACUGACUCAGAUAGUGUCAGAUGUCAGAUAGUGGAGCCCAGAGUUCAGACUAAACAUGAUGAAGCAACUUUUAGCUGUUAUGCUGCACACAGCUGGAACAAACUACCAGCAGAACUGAAAUCAGCCCCAAAUGUGAACAUUUUUAAAUCCAGGUUAAAAACGUUCCUCUUGUCAUGUGCUUAUGAUGUACUUUAAAAGAGUCAUACGUUUUAUUUAUUUAUCUUUUUAAUUGUAUGUCUUUAUGCUUCCAAUACUUACUGUCAAAUGUUUGUUUUUAUGUAAAGCACAUGGAGUUGCCCCUGGGUAUGAAAAGCGCUAUAUAAAUAAAGCUGCCUUGCUUUACAGAGCUAAUUACUCAACCACCUCAUCUCUCAAUCUUUGAAACAAGGAAUAAGAAAGAGGGUAAAAUCUGUACAAUAAAAAAGAUAAAACAAAGAAGCAACACACUCAUGUGCUUAAUGACCAGAAAAACACUCCAGUAUGAUGUAACAGAGUGAAAUACCUAAGGCGUUAAUGCUAACAUUCAAUAUUUAGUUAAUCUCUGAAAGACUUGUAUAUUGUGUUCACACUUCUGUGGCUUUGCAUUACCUUUAAAGAUAAGAUGCCUUUUUUUCAAUGCACUUAAAAUACAAUGAAAUUGCUAGUGGCCAUAAAGGUGUUUCAUUUAAUUUUAUUAAUGGAGAAGCAAAUCAACCAAUCAAAUUGCUUUAAUUGUUCAUAUUGUCUAUACUGGUGAUAAAAUAAAAAAUUAUAAAGUGGGAAUGACCGAUUUUCCCUUUGUGUUUUCUUGCUUAAAGUUCAAGUCUGUCUUAACAAACAACGGUCAGGUGCCAAGUGAAUGAAAUCAAACUGUUUUUUCUUGUUAUCCCUCCUAUUCGUACUCACCAAGAUCCCCUACUAAUGCGCUUACAAUGUAAGUGGUACAG